AAGGGCCGCAUGCGGCCCGCGGGCCGCCAGUUGGACAGCACUGCUUUAUAACAUUGAGGUUGGGAGUUAUAUGCCCAAUACGUCCACCCCUCCUGCUCCUGGUUCUUCAUUCUCCAGCUUCUUACUCAACAAUGAAUCCAGUGGGAGUCCAAAUGAACUUGAGGAUACAAACAGGACUUAUGUCCCCAAUAAGGAGACCAUCUGUAAAAAUAAUACCAGCGUUUUACAGGAAGAAAACAUAACUGUGGGUUUGCUCCUUGCUUCCAAAGCUAUUGUACAGAUCCUGUUCAACCCCAUAGUGAGUCUCAUCACUUACAGACUUGGUUAUGAGUUGCCAAUGAUUUUUGGAUUUAUUAUCACAUUGCCUUCAAUCCUCUUGUUUGCUUUUGCAUCAUCAUACAGUCUUCUCUUUGUGGCGCGGUCGUUGCAGGGCAUUGGAACCUCCUUCACUUCUGUUUCAGGUAUGGCCAUACUGGCAAACAAAUAUACUGAUGACAAAGAAAGAGGAGAAGCAAUGGGAAUAGCUCUCGGUGGUGUCGCACUUGGGCUGGUCGCGGGACCCCCCUUUGGUUCUGCCAUGUAUGCAUUUGUGGGAAAGGCCUCUCCCUUCCUGAUCCUUGCAGCUCUAACUCUGUUGGACGGGGCACUCCGCUUGCUUAUUCUGACACCUUCAAAAACAGCACCUUUGACCAUUGCUGCACCAGCAUUCUGUGCACUGCUGAAAGAUCCCUACAUUGUUUUAGCUGCAGGGAGCAUUUGUCUGACAAAUAUGGUCAUUGCUAUGGCCGAGCCCACCUUGCCCGUUUGGAUGUUAGGAACUAUGUGCACACCAGACUGGCUACUUGGCAUUGUAUUCUUUCCGGCCUCCAUCUCGUAUCUUGUUUGCACUAACCUUCUCCCCAGACUGUCUCAGAAGAUUGGAAGGUGGCUGUGCUCUCUUCUAGGAAUGGUCUUAGCUGGAAUCAGUUUUCUAUGUGUGCCAUUAGCUGUUAAUUUCUAUGGGCUUAUCACUCCCAUUGCUGCCUUCGGAAUUAGCAUUGGGAUGGUGGACGUUUCAAUGGUUCCUCUUAUGGCUUAUUUAGUAGACCUGCGCCAUUCCUCAGUCUAUGGUGGAGUAUAUGCAAUCUCUGACAUUGCUCUCAAUUUGGGAUUUGCAGUAGGUCCUUGUGUGGCUGGAAUCACUGCAAAGGCUAUUGGAUUACCCUGGUUAAUGGUGAUCAUUGCAGUGUUAAACAUUAUGUACUCUCCUCUUUGUAUCUUGCUACGUAACCCACCAGGAAAAAGUGAGAAGAUGGCUAUCCUAAACAAAGAAUGAACAGCAUCAAUAUGGUUUCGAUUAUUCAGAAGUCUCGUCAGCCUAUGGGUAAAUGUGUACUACUCUGUUGCUCUCAUUGCCUAUGUGACGCCUCUUUGCACUUUGCACUGGAGCCAAUAUCAUAGACGAAGAUGACUCUGCCCAUCUAACAGUUCACAGUGAAGUCAUUCAUUCGCUUUUCAUCUCAUGUCCAUCAUAUUGUACCUGCAAGGAUGAGAUGCCCUAGACUUGAACCAACACUCUGUCAGGUCAUGUCUAACAAUUAAUCUUAUGGAGAGAAUUUCAGCUACACAGAGUGUAGGGCUAUGGCACUAAUUAACACCAUUAAGUUCAGAAAUUGCACUAAUAUGUUAAGGAAAUAAACACCCACACACUAUGGUAUAUAACACACGUACUACUUUACUAAACAAAAUGGCUACAGACAAACAGUGAAGUUCAACAGAGGCAAGUUCAAACUGCAGUCCUUGAAGUGUAGAUCCCAUGGGCCUUUGGUCAAAAUAGCCAACUUCAAUGGGAUAUUAUGUGUCUGGGCACUUUCAAAGUCCUAGAAGAGAUCUCUCUGAACAGUUCUUGUGCAAGCUUAUUUCUUGGGUACUCUUAACCAAUCAAACAUCACAACCUAAGCAAGCUAACGCCACCUGUAACAGGGGGACCUAUCAGAACACACUGAUGAUCCCUCCCAUAGCAGGUUCUUUGUUGUACAGUGUCUGUGUUUGGUGUUUACUGUCUACAAUGUCUGCUGUAUAUUAUUUUUCAAAUUGAAAGCUGUUGGCUACUGUGUUAAAUGGAAAUAUCAGUAUUCUAUGCAGGCCUACACAUCUGAAAAGCCUAAAUUAUAUUUACAUAUCACAACAGAAAUCAUUUAUAUUUUUUGAUCACACUACACAGAGACACGUUAAUCCAGCUGAAUUGUGUAGACUUCGCUGUAUCCGUUCAUAAACAUUCAUCAUUUACAUUUUUAAAAAUGUUACUUAAUCACAUUUUUGUGAUUGGAUGGAAAGUAUAAAUACUAUUAUGCAAUGAA